AUGACCAAGUAUGGGUUUCGGCAGAGUAACUCGGAUCAUACUUUGUUCCUGAAAAAGAGAGAUGACAAAAUCACAUGCCUGAUCAUCUAUGUAGAUGACAUGAUCAUCACGGGCGACGAUACAGAAGAAAUAGAAAGGCUAAAAGGGAGCUUAUUUCAGGAGUUUGAGAUGAAAGACUUGGGGAAUCUUAAAUAUUUCUUGGGAAUAGAAGUGUUGCGCUCUGAUGGAGAAAUUUUUGUGAGACAGAAGAAGUAUAUCUUGAAUGUUCUGGCUGAGACGGGUCUGAUAGAUUGCAAACCCACCGAUAUACCAAUUCUAGUGAAUCACGGACUGCAGAUCUCUGAAGAAGCUGAACUAGCAGAUCAAGGCAAGUACCAGCGCCUAGUGGGGAAGCUCAUCUAUCUCUCUCACACUAGACCAGAUAUAGCUUAUGCAGUGGGAAUAGUGGGUUAA